AUGAACAACAAGGAUGUCUCAUUCGUGAGCUUUGGCUUGGUGGUGCUUGACGAAAUUCGCUUCCCUAACCAGAAACCUUUAACUAAUGUACUGGGUGGGUCCGGAGCUUACGCUACUCUAGGUGCUCGGUUGUUUCUGCCCUCUCCACAGAGCCGCUCUUUGGCCUGGCCGAUUCAUGUUGGAAAUGACUUUCCGGAUCCUAUUGCAGAACUCUUGCAUAGCUGGGAUACAAAUCUGGUGAUAACAAAAGAACCAGACCAGCCCUCGACUCGCGGCUUACUGAAGUAUCAAGAUACCACAUUCGGACCGAAGAAAUUCAAGUACACCACGCCGAUUCUUGCAAUUCAAGAUAGCGAGUUGCUGGGCCCGGCCUUGCUUACUUCGAAAGUCUAUCAUUAUCUUGCUAGCCCCCAAGAUAUGAGAACGCGCGUUCGAAACAUGCUAGCUCUUCGAGAUCAGGUGGGAAUAAAACAUCGUCCACUGAUUAUCUGGGAACCGGCCCCCCUUUCAUGCAAGUCAGAGAAUCUGGAAGACUGUCUAGCGGUUGCAGCUCUAGUCGAUGUGUUCAGUCCAAACCACUUAGAGCUGGCUGCUUUGUUUGAAGAUUCCCUGGCUACCUCUGAUAGAAGUGAGAUUGAAAGGUUGGCUUCGAAAAUCCUAGCCAACGGAGUCGGCCCGGAAGGAAGGGGUACGGUGAUAAUUCGAGCUGGUGAAAAUGGCUGCUUUGUUCGAUCAAGUGACCUCAUUUCCAGAUGGCUACCUCCAUUUCACAUAGCAGGGACUGGGGUAGAGCAGGCUACCAAAGUGGUUGAUCCGACUGGAGCCGGAAACGCAUUUCUGGGAGGCUACUCUAUUGGGUACCUCCAAACGGGAGGUGAUAUAAUCCAAGCGGCUUGUUAUGGAGCUGUCGCGGCAUCAUUUGCUUUAGAGCAAGUAGGAAUGCCAAAGAAGAUGAAUGAAGGAGAUGAAGAAUCAUGGAAUGGGGCCAGUGUUCUUGGAAGAUUACAAGAAUAUAGGGCACGGCAAGAAUCCGCCGGCACUCAGGGGGAACAGCUCAAGAUAAAUUGA